AUGAUUAGUGAUAUUUACAUUACAUUUACGCGAAGUAGACGUACGUUUAACGGUGCAAAAAUGGGAGAGCUCAGACGAGCGGUGUCAGUGGCAAUUUGCUACGGACGGUCAAGAUUAAUAGUUCGAGAGUUCCCGACGCAAUACAAAGGCCUGCUCCCCGGCCAAGCGCUCUCCUGCCUUAUCUUCGAUCGUGGCGCUCACACCCAGCAUAUAACCAGGAACAUAAGACACAUAAGCAACGAUGAGCUCAAACUCACCGUCGACCCUCAAACAAUGAAGUGUGCCGAGCGUCUGAACAGGCCUAUCUGCAUCAUGCUCAGCUGGCUGCUCGCGAAACCUCACCACGUUAUGAAGUACGCCUCUCUCUACCUGGAGAGGGGCUUCGACGUGGUCUCCGUGACCUGCACUCCUUGGCAGCUGAUGAACCCCUCGUCCGGCGCAAAGGUGGUGGCCAGGGACCUGAUCAAGUUCAUGUCGCAGAACGGCCAACGGUUCGUUGUGCACGGGUUUUCAGUUGGCGGCUACGUGUGGUCUGAAGGUCUACUCUACGCGACCGCCAAUCGAGAGCACAUGGGAGCGUUGGAGCGAGUCGAGGCGCAGGUGUGGGACUCUGUGGCGGACAUAACGGCGGUCACCGUCGGCGUGCCCUCCGCCGUCUUCCCGAACAACAGGCCGCUGCAGAGCGUUCUGCGCGCCGCAAUAAAGCUGUAUCUCCGCUCGUGGGGCACCGUUAUGGCGCAGUACACGCGCGCGUCCGCCGCCUACUACGCCAGCCCGUGCCGAGCGCCCGCCCUCUUCCUACUGUCGUCCGCGGAUCCCGUCGGCGCGGAGGCGAACAUCCGCAACGCCUGCGCCGAAUGGCGGCGGCUCGGCAUCAAGUGCACCUUCAAAUGCUGGGAGAGCUCGCCCCACGUGCUCCACUACAUGCACCAUCCCGAGGAGUACUUGCAACUGCUGGAGAAGCAUCUGAGCGAACACGCGAAUGCAGGCGAACGAACACGAAGGGGCGCG